AUGAAUAAACAAAUUUAAAUUUUUUGCAUCCUGUUUGCAGUUGUUAAUGGGCUGAUAACGUAUGAUUCUGGGUCCAAAUAAUUUAUAGAGGCUGGUAAUAACUGUAAAGAUGGGUAUACAACUACAACAACAAUUUCAUUUUCACAAUCAUUUUAGAAUACACCAUAAGUUUUCAUUUAUUUGACAAGAUGGACAGACACUAUAUUAAUACACAGUUGAAUUCAGGAUAUAAAUUAUUAACCCAACCUUAACAAGUAAUUGAUAUUUUAUAUAUUUAGAUUUUCAAGUUAAGAUAGAUUGUCCUUCUUCAUAAGUCUUUUAUGUUUAUUUUAAUUGGUAUGCAAUUGAUGAUCAACGAGUGCAAGUAAUAAACGUAUUUAAUUUUGAUAACCCUGUCACAAAGACUUUUUCUCAUUAAAAUCCUAAUGCCUUAUAUGGUUUCGUAACACCAAUAAGCUUUAAAGCAAUAGGUAUAGUUGACUAUAACCUUUAAGUAUUUCUUAAUUUUAUUUAGAUAACAUCAAUAACAAAAUCAACAGUUACAGUUGGUUUGACUGGUGAAGCUGGGAAAAUUGAAAAACUCACAUAAAUAGGAUACUAGAUAGUUUUAGGAAUUUAAGAAGUGUUUGAUAUUUUAGAAAUUUUUACAACAGCUUUAUACAAUAGUGGUAGUAUUAACUUAUAACCAAAUAAAUGGUUACUGACUCCUAUUGUGGCUGCUACAAAUCCACCAGAUACCAGUAUUAGACUUUGGCAAAAAUUCACAACCACAGCCACUACUGUGACUUACAAUUUUGAUACAUGUAAUUUAUUUUUUGUUAUUUUAGGGGGUUAUCCAUAUUCUCCUAAUACUCAUAAAAAAAUUUGGAUGUCUAAUAAUGCCAUUAAUUAAUAAUAUAGUAUAGUGUUGUUACUAACUGUCCGAAUAUCAUCUAAAUUUGAUUUAAGUUCCAUCUCAAGUUCCUCAAUUUAAUUACAAAUGCCAUAAAUCAAUUAAAGCUAUAGCUCUAAUGGUGUUUAUACUGCAAUUGUUGAUUAAUCUGACACUCCAGUUUUAAUUAAUGUUCAAAUGAAAUGUUUUAAUGGAAAAAAGUUUAAAAGUUAAUUUAUCAAGUGUAAUGGUUGCUCAGGAAAUAAAUAUCUGUUUAAUCACUUUUGUCAUUCAAAUAUUAAUUAAGUUGCUUAUUUUGCAAAAUUUACUACAGCUACACCAGCCCAUUACGAAUUCAAAAUAACAAUUUCAGAUUCUGAGAUCACAGUAGAUCAAGUAGUUUACCAUUAAUUGAAGACUUCAACUUAAAUACUAAGUAUUUUAGUAUUAAAUUUUUGA